GGAGUCAAGCCUCAUUGUCAUGGCGCAACAAUGUUGCCAUUACGAGUUGGCCCAAUGUUGCACGGAUGAAUCAGGAAAAGCAACUUCUAAAUCUUGAUUAGAGGAAUAUUAAGCUGAAAGUUGCGAAACAGGAGGAAGACAAGUCAAACACUUUAUUGUGAGUCCAAAUUCCACAUUAGGGCUCGUCUGGCGUUUGAACCUGAUAAAGGGAAAUUUAUGUGCAGUUUUGGAAAGCCUUCAGGAAUCUCGACGUGGAACGAAGGAAGGUCUCACUGAGUCACCGUCACCCAUGCCUGCACUCAGCUGGGAGGGACCAAGGCGUGUGUGUGUGUGUCAGGUGGCUGCAGGCUAACAAGGUGAGACUGUGGUAGAAGACAAGCGGACAAGAGAGAUGCUGCUCACCUGACAGGAAGACCACAAAGAAGGAGGAAAAAAAAUCGAAGCAUGGCAGCACACGUCUGACCAUCUUCUUCAGCCAGCAAGGUCUCUCAUCGGUCCCGCCGCCAUCAUGUCUGACCCCAGCUGGUGGAAGCUCAGCUUCUCCCGCAAGAAGAAGUCCGAGUCUAAGGUCCUGUACGAGAUCCCGGCGGAGUGCGGCAGCAACACCAAAGACCCCCAGGGGGGCGGCGGGCCCACUCCGGAGGCCACCGAGUUCAGCGCCCGGUUGGAGAAAAUCGUGGAUAAGUCGGCCACUAAGGGGCGCCAUGUCAAGGUUUCCCACUCAGGACGCUUCAAGGAGAAGAAGAAAAUCCGGGUCACGCUGGCCGAGAACCCCGACUUGUUUGGCGAGCAGAAUUUGGCUGAGUAGAACCACAAGAAGAAAAAUGACAAGUAGCUGAAAGACUCUGGACCAACUUGUGCCGGGCCAACAGAACCAAAUGAAUUUAUUUUAGUAUCCUAAUGUUUUAUUCUUAUUACUCGUGCUACACAAUCAAUACACAAGUGGAGGAACCAAAGCAGAGAAACAUUGUUGUACAUAUCAAACAAGAUGGUGUCGGUGGAUUUUCUUUUUGUUACAUUCAACAAAGACAUGUAAACGCUU